AUGGUAAUGAAGUUGGACAACAUGGAACUAUCGGUACCCGACAAGAAGGAGGUGAAGCCGCACAAGAAGAAAACGAAACUGGACAAACUGGUGGUGAUGGACAACAAAGCAUCGGUGGACAGACCGGUGGAGGACAACAGGGUCUCUGAACAGGCGUACAUCAUAAAAUUUGUAAUUAUUAUUAACAUUUUUAUUAAUACAGGACCAACUACAGUAUUUUUCUGGGCACCUACAUUUAAAUGGGGUUUGGUAAUAGCGGGAAUUGGAGAUCUUAGACGACCACCAGAAACAAUUUCUCUUAGUCAAACUGCAAGUCUUAUGAUUACUGGCGCUAUAUGGUCUAGAUAUUCCCUAGUUAUCACACCAAAAAAUUACAAUUUGUUUAGUGUAAAUGCAUUUGUAUGCUGUACAGGAACGUACAGUUUUAUAAGAGGAUUGCUUUAUCAUAUGCAAAAGGAACAAGAAUAAGGAUUUUAAGGAUUUAUUAUUAUUAUAUCAUUAUU